GCCAUCUAGCGACAAAUUACUUUCGUGCUUACACAGGUGCUACAGGUGCUAGUUUACUUCGUUUUACACUCGAACCCAAUAAGUUCGUCCCUUUGAAGGGGAUCGGAUUUACUUUUGCCACAAUCAUUGCACAGUUCAGAACAUGGCAAUCGCUCAGACACAGUUGUUAACUCUUCUGCAAAUAUCAGACAGUGCAUUCCCAACUGGAGGCUUUUCUCACAGUCUUGGCUUAGAAGCAGCUGUCAAGUUCCAACUAGUUGAGGCAGGCAACCUGGAUGUAUUGGAGCAGUUUACAGCAGCAGUCCUUGAAAACACUGGUUCCUUCUCCCUCCCUUUUGUCACAGAAGCCUAUGAGAGCAGUGACAACUUCACAGAGCUUAAAAAACUGAAUGACACUUGUGAUGCCUGUACCUCCAACCAUGUGGCAAAGAGAGCCUCCACAAGACAGGGUCGAUCACUUCUCUCCACUAGUGCCAGGACUUUUAAAAAUGAACUUCUUCAACAUUUUCAAGAAUUUUCUGAGGCCCAGGAUGGCUUUCAGAUGCACCACCCUGUCAUGUUUGGACAUCUAUGUAGGAUUCUGGGAGUGGACUUGUCACAGUGUCAGACAGCGUUCGUGUUUGGAUCACUCCGGACACUGUUGGCCAGUGCUGUCAGACUGGACAUUGUUGGGGCAUUAGAGGCUCAAGCUUUACAGAAUAAGAUGCAAUCUUUCAUACCAGACAUAAUAUCAAAGUACAGAAGCAGAAAAGCAGAAGAGGCCUGCGUAUCUUUUCCCUUGCCAGAAGUGCUACAAAACUCCCAGGAUACUCUGUUCUCUAAGCUGUUUUACUCUUGAACUUCCCAUAGAAUUUUGAUAUAUAUUAUACAAGAAAUUGUGAACUAUGUUAUACAAAAUAUGAGGCCACGAUACAAAAGAUGGUGUCUUUUUCUCAUUUUAUGACUGGAAAAUGAGGUCAUUCCUGAUUUUAUGCAGUACAUUUAUAGUUAAUGUCAAAAAGGUAGUUAUUUUAAAGAAUUCUUUAGUAAUUUCAAACAAAGAUUUUGUACAAAAAAAGCAGAUCUAAGAAAAGAAACAGACUG